AUGCCGAAACUGACUUCAUUUGGUGGUCAUGACGAACAAUCGGCCCUUCCGAACUUCGAAGCCAGCAGAUUUUCUGGGUGCGUCUGCUGCGUUCUUAUCGAGCGAGCGAUAUGCCUGACCUUUGAUAUUAGCCACGUUCCUGUUGCCCGACGCGAGCACGUCAUAGGAUCUACCUCUACUUCAUCGCCGGUGCGAUCUGACCUUGAGCUGCCAUCGCGAGAUGCAAGCCGUACAUUGUAGACGAAUUAGAUGCGAGAUGAACUCAUUUCUUCAACUCCCCGAAACAGAUGGUGUGCUGUGGGAGGAUUAUCACUGGCUCGGACUCAAGAAAAUGACGUGUUGAGCGAAACGGACAGUUGCCUGAGUGAGGAGGCGCAGUUUUGAAGGUCAGGAAGUUGACGGAUAGCUGGUGACGUUUUGAAAGGCUGGUUGAAUAGGAACAAGUUGCUCUUC